AUGUUUUGGAGAGAACUGAUUGCGAUAAAUCAAAGAAGUAAUGCUAACACAAUAAUUGACCCUACAGAUAAGGUUUAUGAAAUGAUUAAGAAAGGUGAACCUUUUGAAUUUCUUGACGGGGAUUCUCUUUAAAUUAAUGAAAGAUUUUUAGAAUCAUUAAAAAGCAAAUUUACAGGUUUAGGAAAUGAGAGGGUUUUGGUAUUAAGUGUUUUAGGGCCUUAAAGCUCAGGUAAAUCUACAAUUUUAAAUAAAAUAUUUGGGUGUCAUUUUUGGACCAGCGUUGGCAGAUGUACGAAGGGAAUUUAUUUGAAUUUGUUGAAAAUAUAAUUUAAGGAAUACUUUCAUAAUUUAUUUGAUUAUAUAUUGAUACUUGAUUCGGAAGGACUACAGAAUCCUAAUUAGGUUGAUCCAGAAUUUGAUAAAAAGAUUGCGCUAUUUGUAUUGGCUAUAAGUGAUAUAAUUUUGAUAAAUGUUAAAGGAGAUAUACACCAACAAUUUAGAAAUUUAGUUGAAAUGUGCAUUUUUACUUUAGUGAGUUUAAAAACUAAUCUCUCUUCAAUAAAAUAAUUAACUUGGUGUUUUAAUUAAAAUAAUGACGCAAACAAUUUCGCUCCAUUUUUAAACUAAAUUCAAGGAAUUGCCAGCAGCUUAAACACAGAAUAUAAUGGUGAAGGAGAAGAAAAAAAUGCAACUAUCGAUUAUAAUGAAUUUUUAAAUAUAUCAAAAGAAAAUAUUUAAAUACUAGGAUUUGCAUGUAUAGAAAGGUUAUGGAGGUAGAAUGAAGGCUUGGGUAUUCCUAAAGAUUGGAGAUAAUUAAUUAUAAAUGAAACCUUCUCAGAGGAGGCAUACAUUUUUGGAAUUAGAAUGAUUAAGAAUUUUAUUCAAAAGUUUUAAUCAUAAGCUGCUGAUACAUCCCAAAUGUAAAGUUUAAGUCUAUUCAUCUAAAAUAUUAAUACUAAUUGGUAAAGUAUCUGUAAUUUACCAGAUUUAUUGGAAUUUGCUGAAUUAAUGUAAUAUAAACAGGAUUAAUAAAUGAAAAAGUAUUUUGAACAAAUUCUAUCAUCAGAGAAAAAUAAAUUUAGUUUUCUGGAUGAAAUAGGAAGAGAUAUUGUUGAUCAAAUCCAUAACAACCCUGCGAAAAAUUUGGCUGAGUUUGAUAAAAUUUCGAAUGAUAAGAACUAGGAUCUUAUAAAUAAAUUAAAUCAGAAUGAAAAAGUUAUUUAAGAAAAACUCCUUGAAUUUAAAUAAAACUAGAAAAUUUCAAAAAAGAUUUACCUUAAAUAUAUGAGACAAUUAAACCAGCAUAUUAAUAGCUUAAUAAAGACUUCAGAAGUUACAUUAUUUGAAGAAAUAAAAAAUAGAGAAACAGAGUAUUAAAAUAAAAGAGGGUUUAAGUCACUUGAUGAAUAUAUUCUUGGUGUUAGCUCUGAUCCAAAAAAAUUAGCUAUCCUCAAAGUAAAUGAGGCGUAAAUUAUUCAAGCAUUUAAUGCAUUAUGGGAUUAAAUUAGAAAUGAAUAAUGGCAAAAAUAAGGUGAAAUUAUAAGAGAAUAUUCUAUCAAGCAAUUUCAAUGUAUAUCAACAUCAUUCAAUGAGUACUUAUUAAAAACAGAAAAUGAGAAAAAUUAUAUUAGUUCCUUUCUUUAAAAUAUAAACAAUAAUUCUCCUUUCAGACAAGAUUUUGAUGAGAGAGGAUAAAUUUAUAAUAUUUUUGAAUAAGAAUUAAAAAAAUAAAAUUAAACCUAAUUUCGAACUAUUCCUUUAUUAAAGGAAAAAAUGAGAUACGAAAGGAUUUUCAAUUACAAUUUAGAGUAGAGAAUGAAAAAGUAGAAGACAAAAUAUGAUGUUAUGGAUAUUAACAAUUUUUACUAAUUCGAAAUAAAAAUUGAUUUCAUUGAAAAAAAUUCAUUAUUUGAUUACCUCAAAAGUAAAAAUGGAAAAGCUAAGAUACUUGAAGAUUUGGAAUAAAUAUUUCAAAAUGCUGAAUAAAAUGAAAUAAAUAAAUAAAAACAUCACAAUUAAUAAGGUGAUUAGCUUAUCUAAAAGGCUUAAUAUAUCAUUUCUUAAGUUUAAAAUUUAUUGUAGUUUUUGGAUUUUUUUGAUUGCAAAUAUGACAAUUAACUUAAGAUAGUAGUAGAAAACACAAUAAAAGAUAAGGAUAAGAUUUGGUUUUGGUAAAAUUACAAUGAAAUUGUGAUCAAAUCUGUUAAAUAAUUGUUAGCUUCAGUUUAGACUAUUGCAAAUAAAAAUGUAUAAUCCUUAAUGAACUCCAAAAUUAACUUUGUGAAACAUUUAUAGGAAAGUAACUAAGGUUUAAAUUUGAAAUCCGUUGAAAGGAUAUGCCGAAUAGAAAAAGAGGUAGAAGAAUUUAUUUCCAAUUUUUAACAUCUCAUAAUAAAUAUUGAAAAAAAAAUAAUUCCCUAACAAAAAUACAAAAUGUUAGAAGACAGCUUAUAAUAUAUUUAAAAGAAGGGUGCUUAUGAUUAGCAUUUUAAAUAAUAUUUUGUUCAUGAUUUUUAAAAAAUUAUGUUUGAAGAAAAUUAAUUAAAUUUGUAAAAAGAGAAUUGCCAAAGGAAUGGGUUUUCAAAAUUUUAGCAUUUAAAUAGCUGGCAGAUGAUGUAUUUUUCAAUUUAUGAAUUAAUAAAAUCCGAAAUGAGAAAACCUCAUUAAAAAGUAAAAAAUAAAAAAGAAGAUAGUGAUAGCGAAGAAAUUGCUGAAUAAAACAUCAGCUUGAUUAAGUACAUUAUGUCAAAAAUUGAACUGGAAAUUAAUGAAUAUAAUAAUUCUUUAGCUAAUUUUGGGAUUAUACUAACUGGAAUUGGAGAAAGAUAUUCACCUGCUAUAAAAAAUUAAAUAAAAGUUUGA